AUGGGUGUUUUAAGCUUGAAGCUCGAGUUUUCUGGUGGUGCAGAAUCGUUGUUUGACAUGCAGAAAGAAUUCGAUGUUCAGGUACCAAACGAUUCAGGGCCAUUAUUAAUUAGUGAUUUGGUGCGGUAUAUCAAUAUUAACCUAAUACCGGACAAAUCAAGGUCUCAUCUGUUGGUAGAUAAGGACGGCGAAGGCGUACGACCGGGAAUACUGGUGCUUGUUAAUGAUGUGGACUGGGAGGUGCUUGAAGGACCUAAAACAGUCCUAGAAGAUGGCGAUACUGUUUCAUUUAUCUCUACUUUACAUGGCGGAUGA